CUUCUUCCGUCACCACUGUUACUUCUUCUUCCUCCAUCCUGCGGCUCCCAGUACUCUAGGACAGGCUCUCAAGCUCCAUACAACAGAAUCCAUCAUGCCCGAGUUUUGCUCCGAGGACAUCCCUGACCUUUCUGGACAGGUCAUCAUUGUCACAGGAGGCAAUGCUGGUCUAGGAUACGAAACAAUCCGCCAGCUCAGCAGACACAACCCAGCACGCAUUUAUCUCGGCGCUCGCUCUCGACAGAAAGCAGAGAAGGCUAUCUCGGAUCUCCAGCAAGAGAAUCCCAAAGCCUGCCCCAUCGACUUUCUCGAGAUUGACCUCGCCUCGUUUGCGAGCGUCAAGGCCGCAGCAGUGGAGUUCCUCAGCAGGGAACACCGUCUUGAUAUAUUGGUUGAUAAUGCUGGUAUUAUGAUGGUUCCUGAAGGCGUCACUAAAGAUGGGUAUGAGAUUCAGUUCGGCACAAACGUGCUGGGUACCGCUCUCUUCACUCAACUCCUGCUGCCGGUAUUGCAGUGCACGGCCAAGGUCAAUCCGCAGGCACGUGCUGUCAUACUCAGCUCAGCCGCUCACGCACUAGCUCCUAAAAACGCAUACGACAACUUUGACCAAUUUCGAUCAACGAUUUCUCACUGGCGAACGACUGCGCGAUACACUACAUCUAAACUGGCUGAUUUGCAUUAUGCCAAGGCACUGUCCGAAAGAGUAAAGGAUAUCAAGAUAAUUCCUGUUCAUCCUGGGAUGGUAGCGACCAAUUUACAUCACGGGUCUACCGGCCUUUUUCUUAAGCCGUUCCUGAAUAUUGUAGGAAGUCUGUUUGCAACACCGUUGGAAAAAGGUGCUUUGUCGCAGAUAUGGGCUUCUGUAAGCCCCGAGGCCAAGACCGGCGAGUACUAUGGCCCGGUUGGUAAAGCAGAGUCUGGGUCAAAGCUGGCUCAACAUCACGAUCUUCAAGAAAGGGUAUUUCGCUAUAUUCAGGCUCAGCUCGACGGACAUGUGGACACGUUCCCAUGAAAAGACUUCUUUGGUCUCUGAUAUGGGUUCAGGGCGGCCGACAGAUAGAUUGCGGGCUUGAGGCAAGGUAUUUGCGGUACUACAAACCGCUAUGGUGCUUGAAAUUUGAUCAUCAAUCAAUAUGAGAAUGUUAUGGAUCUCCAA